UAAACUCUGUUUGGAGUUCCUCCCGUCAAUUCUUGAUACUUGUCAUAUUCCUCGUCGCACAAUUUCAUCAUCCAAACGUGCAUCGAGCUAAAACAGAUGCUUUACGUGACGGACAGAACUACCCCAAGAAACUGCAACAUGGUAAUAAAGUCGAACAAUCCGACUAAUCUUACUUUCGUUGAGGGUAGAUCGCCAAGGCAGAAGGAAUCAUGAAACUGAGACUGUGGAUCCGAAUAAAUUACAAGUCAUUCCUUAUUGCUUUGAACAUUCAUCGAAGGUGAGUGACUUCAAGAUGACAAACUUACAAGAGGCCACAGAAAGCCGUCUGCAGCGGAACUUCCAGCCUAGGUCGCAUUUGAUAGAAGCAAUAGGGCUUCAGGAUGUUCACGAUUACCGGGACCAGCAUCAUCCCUGGGGCCGCCAUUACGAUCCUUGUGACAACGCACUCCGAGAUGCCCUUGAGAGCGGCUACUUUCGACUUCAUUAUCGACUUCUCGCUUUCCUUCGGGCCAACCUCGAUCCCAUGUUUAAUUUCAUUCUGCCUCAUUAUCGGAAGGUUGACCAUAUUUGCUGCUGCGACUGCAACGAACGGAGUCCAACGCUGAAAGCCAAUUGUAUCCCCUCGAUAAGACAUCAUCUUCCGGAAGGUGAGGGCAGCAACGCUGCCAGCGGCUGUAGCUACAAGAAAAGCUGUUGCUAUUCCGUUUUCAUCGGUCUGAUCUUCGUCCCGAGCAUUUCUGUUCGAAUAAUUGACGAUCGCGUUGAAGCCCUGAUUUAUCACCUGCCAUCCGACGAUUCCUCUCGCCGUUCUAACGGCAGAAAUUCUUUCCUUCCUCACUUGUCCUGA